AUGGUUGACGAAUUCGAUCUUAUAGAAGCCUCAAUUCCAGAAGAAAUCAAGAAGGCGGCGCCCAUAAAGGUUUUUUCGCCCAGGAACUACUCUACUGAAGACGAUAGCGGUAGAUCUUGGCAUUCUUCUAUAACCGAGGAUUCAAAUAACCUUUUCAACUACUUCGACGAUGGGAAAACACACGGUUAUGACACUGCUAUACAGCCGCCCCGGUCCCUAAAUUACACCGAUUCGUGUGAAACAUAUAAAUCAGUUUCUAGCUCAUUUGAAUCUGCCAGCUCCAUUUACUCUAGGCCUGAAACCCCUUACAAUAAGUUUCUGGAGCGUUUGAAGCACCCGUGCUGCGCUGAUGUUGUUAGUGCAAUCAAGGGGCUGGUCGUUAUGUUACCCGGGAACAUGGUCAGAGCCGAAGUGGCAACAAUAUCACACAACUUCAUAGAUAUUUACACACCGAAGCUGCUAUCUCUUGAAAUAUUUAUGGAUUUGAGUGACGAGGAGAAGCUAGAGACUGUUGAGUGUUUCGAGAAGUUUACCAUGCAAAAAUUAUAUCCAAGGUGCUACCGUAUGGAUCCUGGCGACAUUGUUGAGGAUGAGAAGCUGGAAAUACAAAUGCGCUGCCUAAGUUGGAUUGAGCCUCAUCAUCUAGAGAUACAUGAAAUGGGUGAUUUGGAUACGUUGAAGCAGGCACAAAAUCAGCUGAAAAAUUUAUACAAGUAUAAGUCUCCCAGGGACAAAUUGAUAAUUAUUUUAAAUUUUUGUAGAUUAGUUGUUUACUCGAUUCAAAAAGUCACUAAUAAGGAAGUUAGCUGUGAUGAGGCGUUUCCUUUGAUAAUACUCACGCUCAUUCUCACCAAUCCCAGUGAACUCUACUCCUCAAUCGAGUUUAUUCAGAACUUCAGACACCCCGCAAGGCACGUUUCAGACGAGGCAUACGCAUUCACACUGCUCGUCUCAGCUGUGGAGUUCAUAAGGUCAAUUGGCACCGCAAGUCAACUGAAGAUUAACAGCGAGGACUUCCGGAAGAAGUACCUGGAAAACAUAGACAAGUACCAUGACAGACUGGUGGAGCUGGACGGAAAGGCGCCGAAGAAGCCGUAUAACACCCUCAAAGAGACGACCCUGGCCGCCACGAGCAGGAACGCGAACAAGGAUAACCUGAUGGACGUUUUGAGGAAGUUUAACCUGUCCACCCUUUUCAAGGUACCCUCAUUUAAGUCCGACAGGAACGAGCUGUUUGAAAUAAUAGAGUCUCUCGAGGACCUGGAGAGCUACCUGACUGACCUGCCUCUCUGCUAUAAGCACUCUGAGGAAAACGACAACGUUUCGGAACUCGUCGGCGACUGGCGUGCGCUUGUUGCAAUGAAAAACCACGUCACUGACACCAUCGCAUCGAUAAAGAACAAAGCAAAACGGCUUCUUUAA